AUGGCCUCCAAGCGCGCAGCCCAACUGCUCGGCGUCCGCUCCAAUGCCUCCGUCAUCGGCCGCCAGCCUACACGAUUGAGCUUCAACACUGCGCGCGCUUUCAGCAUCGCACCCAGGUCGCAAAACACAUCUAUCUCGCAGAGCAGGGCAUUGGCUGUAGGAGGUGCUGCGAGGUUACACGCGACGCCAGCACAAAAGAGAUGGCAUUCACAGGCCCCCAACGACUUGAAGCAGAACAAGCUCUACCAAUUUGACGAUGUUCUACACAUCCUCGAAGCGCCCUCAGACUCACGUCUCCUCAUCGACGUCCGCGAACCCCAUGAAUUCGACGCAAACACUAUACCCACCUCUAUCAACAUCCCUGUCACCUCACAACCCGAUGCGCUACUACUAGACGAAGAGGAGUUUGAAGAUAGGUUUGGCUUCCAGAAGCCACCCAAGGGAAAAGAAGUCGUCUUCUUUUGCAAGGCGGGAGUGAGGAGCUCAGCGGCUGCAGGAAUCGCGAGACAAGCUGGAUACACAAACGUUGGCGAAUACCGCGGCUCGUGGCUCGACUGGCAGAAGCGCGGCGGACCGGGCACAAAGUCACCACCGAAGCCCGAUGGCAUGGGCGAGCCCAAGGCCCCUACUACCGAGACGAAGCCUACAGCUAGGACAGGUGACAGCGGAGAAGAGGAUCUAGGGCCUCAGGGACAGCCAAAGUACCCACCGGGAGGCAUUAUGGGCCAACAGUAG